AUGUCUUCCACGGUCAACGAGCUCGCCGCUCUCCGUGAGCAGAUUCUCGAAAACUACGGUGUAAUCGACCCUGACAACGCCGACGCACUUCUCAUAAUCAUCCUGCGCAAGAAGAACAAGGAAGAACUCCUGAUGUACCCUACCGUCACCUACAUCACCGAGGACAUGUUCGAGGCCCUCCUGAUAACCGACCCCGACAAAGGCAAGAAGGUUUUGAUGAAAGAAUUCAGUCCUUGA